AUGAACACGACGGCACCGGGAAACUGGAACGAUAAUUCGAGUCGUUCGACAACGGAUACAGACGUGAUCACUAACGGUACGGUGCAGUUGAUAUUCUCUGUGCUGUACGUGAGCAUCUUUGUGCUGGGUGUAUUCGGUAACGCGCUGGUGUGUUUUGUCGUCGUGCGAAACCGUCAGAUGCAGAACGUGACGAACCUGUUUAUCACGAAUCUGGCGAUUAGCGACGUGUUGCUUUGCGUGUUGGCGGUCCCGUUCACGCCGCUCUACACGUUUCUCGGUGGUUGGAUAUUUGGGAAGACCCUCUGCCAUUUGGUGCCGUACGCCCAAGGUGUCAGCGUGUACACGAGCACGUUGACGCUGAUGAGCAUCGCGAUCGACCGAUUCAUGGUGAUCAUACACCCGUUCCGUCCACGUAUGAAGAUCGAGGUCUGCCUGACCGUGAUCUUCGGUAUAUGGACAGUGGCAUUGUUGGUCACUCUACCGUAUGGGCUUUACAUGCAUCUGGAGGAACCGUACACCUAUUGCGAGGAGCAUUGGCCGAGCGAACAGUUUCGAAAGAUCUUCAGUUCGGUCACGUCGAUACUGCAAUUCGCGUUGCCGUUCAACGUGAUCGCGUUCUGUUACACACGCGUCUCGAUCAAGCUGAGCGAUCGGGCCAGAUCGAAACCCGGCACCAAGUCGAACAAGAGGGAGGAAGCCGAUCGAGAGAGAAAGAAACGAACGAAUCGGAUGUUGAUAGCCAUGGUCACGAUAUUCGGUGUAUCCUGGCUGCCGCUGAACAUCGUGAACGUCGUCGACGAUUUUUACCCGCCUGCGAACGAUUGGACCUACUACAGACUAUGUUUCUUCAUGACGCAUUGUCUCGCCAUGAGUAGCACCUGUUACAAUCCGUUUCUUUACGCUUGGCUCAACGAUAACUUUCGCAAAGAGUUCAAGCAAGUACUUCCAUUUUUUCCGAGAACCGUCGACGACCACGGUCCAACGAGUACCGAAGGAUUUCGAAACGAUAAACCGUGCAGCAACGGUAACAACACCCUCCAAGACUCGUUGCUGCCGAGUCAAGCUCAGAUUAGAGUUGCAAAUCUCGAGAGCUGCGAAUUGAUCGUUCUCGAAACGACCGCUACCAACGCGUCUCGAGAACUCGAGGACUCUGUGACACGACGCUGAAUCCCAUUUAACGCUAUCUCCUGGGGCCUUCAUUCGUUUUCCUUUUACGUAGGACGU